AAGCACAUCGGGUACAGGCAGCAGCCCCCUGGGUGUCUGUCCCUAUGAGAGAACGAGUGGGGAGGAGGAGGAGGUGGAAGGAGAGGAGGAAGAGGAUGAGGAGGAGGAUGAGGAGGAGGUGGUGAGCUGGGUCUCAGUGAGGAUGCAGGGGGACAUUAAGAGGCAGCAGCAGCAGCAGGUGAUCAGUCAGCUGCUGAAGAGGCCAUUGGACAGUUUCUUCGACAACCUCCCGGCCCUCAAGUCGCCCAUCCUGGUUUCGGGUCCUCGUCUGGCAGGCACGACUGAGGACACCUUCAGCCGCCAUUUUGAGAGCAUAAUGGAGUCACAUCGCGCCAAGGGCACAUCCUACUGCAGCCUGGACAGCGAGGAGCUGCUGACCUCCAGCACCCAGACGGUCCUGACCUUUGACCUUCCCACACUGACCCCAGAGAUCCAGGGCGGUCAGAUGAUCUGUCAGAGCGCCCGACACAUUGUCAAGUUGAGCUUCGCCCCACUGGCCCACUGUGAGAGGGGAACAAGCCUAUCAGAUUCCAUCGUCACGGUGACAGGUGACUCAGACGCCACGCGCGCCCCCUCCAGCGAAAGGCUGAGCAGUGGCUCGGAGGACACAAUCCCACGAGGGGGAGGGGGCGGGGCACGGAUGUUGGGGAGCAGCUGGUACAGCAACCCCACAUUCUCCUUCCCUAGGUCAGUGAUGUCAUACAGCAGCAACCCCUCCCUCUCCUUCCACAGGGAGAAGGCUCGUCUGGCGACAGACUCGGAGCUGGAUCAGGACCUCAGUGAGCGGCUGGGACUGGAGAGCAGCGACACCCUCACCAACGGUAACCGUGCUGACGGAGAGGCCGCCAAGCGCCUGGCCAAGCGCCUCUUCACCCUGGACGGCUUCAGGAAGUCCGACGUGGCCCGUCACCUCAGCAAGAACAAUGACUUCAGUCAUAAGGUUGCAGAGGAGUAUCUACACUUCUUUAACUUCACAGGUCUUAAUGUGGACCAGGCUCUGAGGACCUUACUCAAGCAGUUCUCCCUGAUGGGAGAGACUCAGGAGAGGGAGAGGGUGCUGUCUCACUUCUCCAGGAGAUACCUGCACUGUAACCCAAUACUCAUACCUACUGAGGAUGGUGUUCAUACCUUGACCUGUGCCCUGAUGCUGCUAAACACAGACCUGCAUGGCCAUAACAUUGGCAAAAGGAUGUCCUGCACACAGUUCAUUGACAACCUGGAGGGUCUGAAUGAGGGUCAAGACUUUCCCAAAGACUUGCUGAAGGCCCUGUACAACUCAAUCAAGAAUGAGAAACUUCAAUGGACAAUCGAUGAGGAGGAGAUGCGGAAGUCUUUCUCGGAGCUGGGGGACACCAACCAGGCUGACUCCACCUCUAAACACAUGAAGAGCAUGGCCAGCGGUGAGAAACACCUAGUGACCAUGGCCCAGCCCUCGGGAGCCCUGCUGUACAAGAAUGGCUUCCUGGUGCGCAAGGUGCACGCCGACUCAGAUGGCAAGAGAACACCGCGUGGGAAGAGAGGAUGGAAGACGUUCUAUGGCAUUCUGAAGGGGCUGAUUCUCUACCUGCAGAAGGGAGAGUACCGGCCAGAUAAACAGCUGUCAGAUGAGGAUCUGAAGAACGCCGUGUCCAUCCACCACUCUCUGGCGAUGAGGGCUGCUGACUACAGCAAGAGACCCAAUGUGUUCUACCUCCGCACCGCCGACUGGAGAGUCUACCUCUUCCAGGCACCAAACGCAGAGCAAAUGCAGUCGUGGAUCACGCGCAUCAACACGGUAUCAGCCAUGUUCUCAGCACCACCCUUCCCUGCAGCCAUUGGUUCACAGAAGAAAUUUGCCCGACCGCUGCUGCCAGGCUCCACCUCCAAACUGUCACAGGAGGAGCAGGUCCAGUCCCAUGAGGCUCGGUUCCGGGCCAUCUCCACUGAACUGGCUGAGCUGCGCUCGUAUCCUCCAGACCGAAAGGUCAAAGGCCGUGAGCUGGAGGAGUACCGCCAGCGGGACGAGUACCUGGAGUUUGAGAAAACGCGCUAUGGUACCUACGCCAUGCUACUGCGGGCCAAGAUCCGCUGCGGCGAGGAUGACUUGUCCGUAUUCGAGGCCCAGAUCCUGGAGGACAAUGGCCUGCAGCGCGCCCACUCCAGCCCCACACUGCAGGACAGCAGCCAGGCCAGCCAGGCCUCCCAGGGCAGCAGCACCAAGGAGCCGGUGGGCUGCAGCGGUAUAGGAAAAGGCUCCAAGCGCACAGAGGGCCAGAGAUACAGCUACCGCCAGGCCGUCAAGAAGUUCGUGAAUGUCAUUGAAUGCAGUAUGCUGCGACCUGGCUGUUCUGCUGUAGGUUCGUGAAUGUCAUUGAAUGCAGUAUGCUGCUACCUGGCUGACCUGCUGUUCUACUAAGGAGCCUAUUUAAGGAAUGUGGCUGAGGAGGAUAUUCUAGCCGGCAGAUUCAUGUAAUGUUUUGAAGCAGGAAUGGUUUAUCCAUCGCAUGUAGUUACCUUGCUGGAAAAAAAAUAUCUGUACAAUUUAAGUACAGACAAUUGAAUGUUAAGUCAAAGUUUCACUUGGUGUAUUUUGCCUCGAGUCUUUUCCUAUCUCACUUCAGCUAUUUUUCCAUUUGUCACCUUCCUUUUCCAUGAUCUCUUUCCACUCCAACCUCAUACCGUCUCUAUUUUUCCCCUUCACUCAUCCUCCUCUCUCGCGUCACUUCCUUUCCCCCUUGUCAGUUUGCUCUGCCCUCUGUCUCAGUCAUCAUCUCACUGCUAUCACUCUCCUACACCAUCUUUUGGGAAGCUGCCUUCAUCAUCAUCUGCUUGUGUAUAUUGUUACUAUUACUGAUGACAUAUACCUUGAAUUGUAUUGUAACUUGAUGUUACUGCUGUGAUAUUACUGCUUGGUACUUGUAUUUACUGAUAGUGUUUGACACUUGUGGCAUAUGUGAUCAGGUUAGUCUAUCACAGAAUGACAUGUCACCUCGGGACAUUGGAGGGUACAAGGUAUGAGGGCCCUUUACAUACAAAUGGACGUUGUGUAGUUCAAUCAACAGGUGAACCACACUGAAAAUGUCAUCUUCGACACACUAUUUCUUCAUAUGUUGGGGUCUAUGCAGUAUGUGCCCUGUUCCCUGUGGCCCAGGCACUAACCAUGAGGGAGAGAGGCACAGACAGUUUGAUACGGUACGCUGUCUGUUGUACAGCAGUAUGAUAGUCAGGACUCCGCGUCAAGCUCAGCGAGCUCUCUAUGCCCCACUCUGCCACCCCGCCCCCUCUGACGUUAUCACAGAGCAGCUGCAGGGUCUCCAUGGCACUGGUUUGCAUGGAAACCGCUAGUUCCCUCCAAGUAUGUCAAAUGUGCCUAUUUGAUUGUGACAUUUCCGGGAAAUAAAAUCUAAAUGUUGGCUCCUUGAUACUGAAAUGAAAGCCUAGGUGUUACUGUAUGUUUGACCCUUUCCCAGCCAGCACUUCUCAAUGUGACAUGUGUGUAUAUACUGUAUAUAUACAGCAUGAGAUAAUAUUAUAAUGGUCUGCUUUCCUUUGUAUUAUGUUUAGAGUAUUUAAUGAAAGGUUAAUAUAUAGAACAACAUUUUUGUCCUGCAGUUCAUUGUCAUGAUUUUAUUUUAAUUAUAAAGCUGAAUGAAGGAAAAGUUGUUGUAUUUAUGCUGUUUUCUGCUAAUGUGUUGUAGACACCACACCAAGCCACCAAUUCAUUCAAAACUGUGAUAUAGUGUACUACAGUGGGGUUCUGACUGAUUUCAGUUUUCUUAGACUGCUGCCAAGGAGAGACGUUUGAAAUGUUUUUACUUGGAUAGUUCUACUCAUUUUAGCUGUACACGUGUCGACUGCCUGUUAAAACCUCACUUCUUUAAGGAAACAUUGUUUGUAUAUGAGCUCUUCUGGGGAGGCAUAGCGGGGAAAAUAAAAGUGUUUCAAAAAGUGA